GCGCCUCCUGCACCCGGCGCGGCGUAGCGGCGGGAGGAAGAUGGAGACCCACAUCUCGUGCCUGUUCCCGGAGCUUCUGGCCAUGAUCUUCGGCUACCUGGACGUCCGAGACAAGGGUCGCGCGGCGCAGGUGUGCACGGCCUGGCGGGACGCCGCCUACCACAAGUCGGUGUGGCGGGGCGUGGAGGCCAAGCUGCACCUGCGCCGGGCGAACCCGUCGCUGUUCCCCAGCCUGCAGGCCCGGGGCAUCCGCCGCGUGCAGAUCCUCAGCCUCCGCCGCAGCCUCAGCUACGUGAUCCAGGGCAUGGCGAACAUCGAGAGCCUCAACCUCAGCGGCUGCUACAACCUCACCGACAACGGCCUGGGCCACGCGUUCGUGCAGGAGAUCGGCUCGCUGCGUGCUCUCAACUUGAGCCUCUGCAAGCAGAUCACCGACAGCAGCCUGGGCCGCAUAGCCCAGUACCUCAAGGGCCUGGAGGUGCUGGAGCUGGGGGGCUGCAGCAACAUCACCAACACCGGCCUUCUGCUCAUCGCCUGGGGGCUGCAGCGCCUCAAGAGCCUUAACCUCCGCAGCUGCCGCCACCUCUCGGACGUGGGCAUCGGGCACCUGGCCGGCAUGACGCGCAGUGCUGCCGAGGGCUGCCUGGGCCUGGAGCAGCUCACUCUGCAGGACUGCCAGAAACUCACGGAUCUUUCUCUGAAGCACAUCUCGCGAGGGCUGACGGGCCUCAGGCUCCUCAACCUCAGCUUCUGUGGCGGCAUCUCGGACGCGGGCCUUCUGCACCUGUCGCACAUGGGCAGCCUGCGCAGCCUUAACCUGCGCUCCUGCGACAACAUCAGCGACACCGGCAUCAUGCAUCUGGCCAUGGGCAGCCUGCGCCUCUCCGGUCUGGAUGUGUCUUUUUGUGACAAGGUGGGGGACCAGAGUCUAGCUUACAUAGCCCAGGGACUGGACGGCCUCAAGUCCCUCUCCCUUUGCUCUUGCCAUAUCAGUGACGAUGGCAUCAACCGCAUGGUGCGGCAGAUGCACGGGCUACGCACGCUCAACAUUGGACAGUGUGUGCGCAUCACGGACAAGGGACUGGAGCUGAUCGCUGAGCACCUGAGCCAGCUCACGGGCAUAGACCUGUAUGGCUGCACCAGGAUCACCAAGCGCGGCCUGGAGCGCAUCACACAGUUGCCCUGCCUCAAGAGUCCUCCACAGCAACAUGAGAGACCAUGGAGAAACCCAGAGACCUUUAUCAAUUAAUUGUACUGUUUGUGAAUUUGUAUAAAUGAUAACAAAGAUCCUCUUAAAACGUUUAUAUUCUUACAGUAAAAGGUUAAACUGAUAUUUAUAUAAUAAAAGAGGAAAUAUGAAGUAUGUUUUUGAAAAAAAAAAGCACAAAUCCCCCCUUGUAUCUGUGAAUUAUUUUUAAGGCAUUGUGUGUUGGGUCUGUGCUUAAGUGGGAGGUGUUAUGUGUACAACCUAAACGGAAGUAGGGUACAGAGUUCAGUUUGUUCAUGUGGGAUUAGUUCAUGGUUGAGAAUUUCUUCUGUGUAAGAUGCACCACUGACAUCCAAAUGUUCUCUUUCUAGAACUGUGACCAGACUGGAGAUUUCUAUAGUUUUUGGUUCUAAAUUGUCAACAUGGAAACUAAAAGUGAACAAAAUGGAACUUUUUUUUAAGAAGCCAGACCUGGGAGAGUCAGUUUCCCAGAGUGACCAGUUUCUUUUUAUGGGGGGUGAUGGUGGAAGUGAGAUCCAAGGCUAAUCCUGAAGAAAUGGGUCAUGAGCUCUGGAAGUGGGCAAAUAGGAUGGGUGUCCUUCCCUGAGAGCACAGUGUAAGGGAUGGAGGGAGCCCAGCCAUUGUUCAGGGUAAGUUGAAAGUGGAGCGG